AUGGCAACACCAGAAGCAAGCCAGGGCCCUCCUACCAUCUCAUCGAAACAGAAUGUCAAUGAUUCCAGCACCGCAAUGAGCAACGGCAAAUGUCUCCCAGAAAAGGAGCGCAAUGUCGUCCUCCUGUUUGGCUGCCAAUGGCUUACCUUUACCGCAAGCGACUUUCGCCAACUCCGAGCCACUGUCCUCGACGACCCUGAACAUCACUGGAUGCUUGACGUCCUAGGCGAACUGCCGGGCUACUACCGCGCUGCAGCGGAAGAUGCAUACCUCCCCUCGCUGAGGACGAUAGACGGAGAAAACGACCUUCGAGAGCUGGAACGAUGGUUCCGAUGCAAUGAUCUGUCGACAGCGAGGUUUCCUCUGUGUUAUACGCAACUUGCGCCGUUACUAAUGAUGACGCAUUUUGUGCAGUACGCACAGUGGAGGAAGGUGGACGAUGAGAGAAGCGCUGUAGUUGAGAUUGUGGGAUUUUGUAUCGGCCUUCUCAGUAGUGUUGUGGUCUCUGCGACAAGGACGGGCGAUUUGAAGAAGUAUGGUUCUGUCGCGAUGCGCUUAGCCAUGUUCCUGGGGGCACUGGGGGAUGUGCAGGAAGCCCAGGAGAAGCAUACUUCUCUGGCAAUCGCAUGGAAAGAGCCAGAGUUGAAGGGAGAGGUGGAUAUUUUGCUGCAUCAAUACCCGGGCUCGUAUAUAACUGUCCAGUAUGACGAGAAUCGCGCGACCAUCAUGACGCCUCGGCGGAGUGUAGCUGGCCUGCAACAGACUCUCCAGUCUGCUGGUUUCUCUGCAAACGCGGUCGAGUUUAAUGGCCGUUACCACUGGCCAGGCCACGAAGAGAUCCUUGCUCCGUUGUUUGCUCUCUGUAAUGACCAGCCCAGUCUCCAGCUCCCUGAUGCAUCGGAGCUUCUUCAUCCUCCCCGAGCAAACGCCACCGGAACGACGGUCUGUUCUGGCCCUCUUCAUCAAGUAGUGCUCCGCGCUGUCCUCAGUCAGCAGUGUCAGUGGCACAAAACGUUUUCCGCCGUGUACCAAGAUCACCUCACCACACCGAGCUCCAUAGUCAUUGAGUUCGGGCCAGAGCGAUGCAUUCCUCCCGCUCACUUCCGCCGUCUCUCCCAGCGGGUUGUCCACUUCGCUGAUACAGAGCUUCCCGCCACUAUAAGCCGCGACCAUGAGCUAGCAACACGGCGACCGGCUGAAACCGACAUCGCUAUAGUCGGGAUGGCUUGUCGCGUAGCAGGCGCUGACGAUCUACCAGAGUUCUGGGACCUCCUGUGCUCCGGUCAGUCGCAGCAUCGCGAAAUGCCUCGAGAACGAUAUGCAAAUUACGAGACACCUUGGCGGCCAGAGGCGAGUCAACGGGCCUGGUUUGGCAACUUCGUUCGCGAUAUCGAUGCAUUUGACCACAAGUUCUUUAAGAAAUCGCCGCGCGAGGCGAUGUCGCAAGAUCCUCAACAACGACUCCUCCUACAAGUUGCCUAUCAAUCGCUGGAGUCGGCCGGCUACUUCUCUCAUCCGCCUUCAGGUAAGGAUAUAGGGUGCUAUAUCGCCUCCUGUACCGUCGACUAUGAGCAUAACAUCAACUGCCACCCUGCGUCUGCGUAUGCAGCGACCGGACUUUUGCGGAGCUUUCUAGCCGGCAAGCUCUCGCAUCAUUUCGGGUGGCGUGGGCCUUCCGUUUGCGUUGAUACUGCAUGCUCUGGGUCCGCCGUCGCGUUGCAUCAUGCGUGUCGAGCAAUCUUGAGCGGCGACUGCACAGCGGCCCUGGUCGGUGGUGCAAAUAUUAUCACCAGUCCGCUAGCAUAUGACAAUCUCGCAGGGGCUUCAUUCCUUUCCCCUACGGGACCAUGUAAGCCAUUCGAUGCGAAAGCCGACGGCUAUUGUCGCGGUGAAGGUUUUGCAGCGAUCUUUAUCAAGAAGUUAUCGGACGCAAUCGCACACGGAGACCAGGUUCUUGCUACUAUUGCUGGCACAGCAGUGGAGCAGAAUAGCAACAAUACACCCAUUGUUGUACCGGAUAGAAGCUCGCUGGCGGGGCUUUUUGAGAAGGUAACGCAACGUGCACGUCUCCAUCCGAGAGACAUCAGUGUCGUCGAGGCUCAUGGCACCGGUACUCAAGCUGGAGAUCCAGCGGAAUAUCGAAGCGUGCGUGAUGUUCUCGGCGGACCGAGGCGAGCAGCGAAGCUUUCAUUGGGCUCGGUAAAAGGGCUCGUUGGGCAUACUGAAGGCGUAUCGGGGAUGAUAGCGCUGUGCAAGGUUGUCUUAAUGAUCCAGAACAGGCAGAUUCCUCCCCAACCAGGGUUCAACUUUCUAAACCCGCAUAUUGAGGCUAUGCUAGAUGACCACAUUGAGAUAGGCACCUGCAUGAGGCCUUGGGAGGUUGGAUUCCGUGCAGCGUUGAUCAACAACUACGGCGCUUGUGGGUCAAACGCGUCAAUGGUCAUUACGCAGGGUCCAUGUGAAAUCGGUGUCGCGAAAGGAGGUAUUCAUGCAGAGAACGUUGCCCUGCCAUUUCGACUGUGUGGCUUGGACAAAUCCUGUCUGCAGGCAUAUGCGGAUCGUCUGCGAGGCUUUCUCUCUCGUCUAGAAAGGAUGUCUUUGUCUGAUAUUGCGUUCAACAUCACGCGCAAAUCAAAUCCGGGCCUGGAGUACCACUGCACCUUCCAAGCGCAAUCGAAGUCGGAGCUAGAGGACAUCCUGGCCGGGUUGGCGAGAGGAAAUGAUAAGUAUCUGGUGCAAGUGAAGAAGCCUAAGCGACCGGUAAUACUAUGUUUUGGUGGGCAGGUGGGAAGAAGCGUUGGGGUCAACCGCACAGUUUAUGAUGCUUUUGCAUCGUUCAGACAUCAUCUUGAUUCCUGUGACAACAUUCUCAAAGCCACCGGACAGCCGAGAAUCUACCCCGGUAUAUUCUUGACCUCACCCAUCUGCGAUACAGUGCAGUUGCACGCUCAGCUAUUCGCACUGCAGUAUGCUUGUGCUCGCAGCUGGAUCGAUUCUGGGGUGGAAGUCACAGCGGUCAUCGGUCACAGCUUCGGCGAACUGACGGCGCUGUGUGUCUCCGGCGUGCUGUCUUUACCAGACGCAUUAGCUCUUAUUGUACGCCGGGCUGCCAUAAUCCGUGACAAUUGGGGUGCCGACCCUGGAGGUAUGCUUGCAGUAGAAGGAGAACAAUCCAGCUUGCGGAAAUAUCUCGAAAACUCCACUGCAAGUAUAGCCUGUUUUAACAGCCCUCGGAGUUUUACCGUCGCAGGGUCUACCUCAGCUGCUGAUGCCCUUCAAAGAGAAUUGGAAAAUGAUUCGACACUCAGGAUCAAACGUCUCGAUGUCACAAAUGCUUUCCAUUCCAGCUUAGUGGAUCCAUUGCUUCCUGCUCUGUCAUCUGUCAUGGACGGCUUGUCCGCGAAUUCGGCUAGUAUUCCAAUUGAACGUGCGACCGAAAAUCAACAAGAAGAGAGUCUGUCACCGACCAUGGUAGCGGACCAUCUUCGUCAGCCUGUUUAUUUCGGAAAUGCUGUUCAGCGUCUCGCUGCCCGUUAUGGUCCAUCUAUCUGGCUUGAGGCGGGCUCCAACUCCACGAUCACGUCUCAAGCACGAAGAGCGCUGGACUCGAACGUAGCAGGCAGCACUUUCCACUCAAUGAAUAUAACAUCCGCGUCAGCGUUAAGUAAUUUGACAGAUAUCACAAUAGCGCUUUGGGGAGAGGGUUUGCCUUGCACGUUUUGGGGAUACCGCGGUCGUCAAACGCGAGAAUACUCUCCGGUACUGAUGCCACCAUACCAAUUCGAAAAGUCGCGCCAUUGGAUGGAAAACAAAGCUCUGCCAUCACCACCUGAUCAGAAGCAAGCAAAGAGCAUAGCUGAAAAGAAAACUCCUUUAUUCUCCUUUGUCGGGUACGAAGACACUGCGAGGCAGGUGAGAAAGUACCUCAUCCAUACCGACCAUCCUGAACACAUCGCAGCUGUCUCCGGGCAUAUCGCCGCUAAAACUGCGCCAAUUGCGCCUGCAACUUUGCUGCUCGAAUAUGGCGUUGAGUUACUCAGGUCUCUUCCCGAAGGCCAAGGGAAAAUACCAAAAGUGUACGAUGUGGGCAGUGAUGCGCCACUACUACUGGAUCAAAGCCGCGAUGUGUGGAUUGAGCUCUCUUCCAAGAACAAUAAGGAAUCCUGGGGCUUGAGGUUCUUAAGCCUGGACCGCGGUAAUCCUUCCGGUCCUCAACUUCUUCAUUGUGCAGCACAUAUUUUGAUGCAUGCAGUCAACGAUAUGAGGUUGCAGGCCGAGUUCACGCGGUACGCAAGGCUCGUCAGUCAUGCUAGAUGCGCUGAGCUUCUCGCGGACGUAGAAGUUGACGAGAUUCUUCAAGGUCGAAAUGUGUAUCGUUUGUUCGCAGAGAUAGUGGAGUAUUCCCAGCAGUACCAAGGAGUGCAAAAACUAGUCGGGAAGGGGAACGAAAGCGCUGGACGAGUCGUAAAAUCCUACUCUGGAAAGACAUGGGUGGAUGCCUUUUUGUGCGACUCGUUCAGCCAGUGUGCUGGGUUUUGGGUGAACUGCAUGACGGACAGAAGCGAAGAUGAGAUCUACGUUGCCAGUGGAAUGGAGCAGUGGAUGCGGUCGCCGUUAUAUGCGGAUACAGCGGUCCCCAGGCCGGAUACUUGGCAUGUGUGGACGCGCCAUCAGCAGUCUGAGGGAUUGUUUACAAGCGAUGUUUUCGUAUUCACACCUGCUGGGGAUCUUGCAGAAGUCUUUCUCGGCUUGCGGUAUUCGCGGAUCGCGAAGAACCUGUUCAUCCGCCUCCUUUGGGGCUCGACGCCGCAAGCUGGGAGCAGCGAGGAACAGCCUAUUAAAAAUAAUGAAGGACUGACAAAGGACUUAGUCGGUCGCGUAAGAACCGUCGUUGCCGAUUUUUGUGCUGUCGAGCCCAGUGAAAUCCGGGACGAUAGCCAUCUUGCCGACGCUGGUGUUGACUCGUUGAUGGCGAUGGAGCUUGCCCGUGAGCUGGAAGCUGCUCUCAAUUGCACCUUGGCCGUGGAAGCUUUACUUGAGGCAGAAACAUUUCAAGAUCUUGUCCACGCAGUUCGGAGUGUCGUGGAGGAAACGACUGAUGACUUGAGCAUGUACAGUGGUAUCACAUGCAGCCAAAUUGACAAGGGCACCGAGCUCACAAACACUAUGGGCAUGCCUGAUACAACAGACUUGGAUCUACCAUUGGAAGAUGUGUUGCAUUCCUUUCGCGAGACAAAGAAACUGACCGACCAGUUCCUAGAGGAUAACAAUUGCAGUGGCCGGCUUCUAGAGUUCACGCCUCUCCUGGUCAACCUGUGCUUAGUGCUGACACUAGAAGCGUUCGAGGCGUUAGGGAGCAACGUCCGCGCUGCUCGUGCGGGCGACCGCCUCUCGCGUAUAAAGUUUGAUGCGCAGCACGAUCAGUUAGUUGAUUACUUAUACGACCGUCUAGUAGAAGCGAGAUUGGUAAAGCUAGACCGCUCAACGAUUGUUCGCACGGAGACCAACUGUCCGAUGGAUUCAAGUAACGUGCUGCUGAAAAAGAUCGAAUGCGGAUACCCGGAGUAUGCGGGCGCCUGUAAGCUCACUUUCUACACCGGCAGUAAACUAGCCGCAGUCCUUCGUGGGGAGCUGGACGGAUUGCAGCUUAUCUUUGGUAAUCCGGAAGGACAACGGCUAGUAUCAUGGGUGUAUGGCGAUGAGCCGCACAAUGUAGCAGGCUACAAAUUGAUGAGCGAGUUUAUCCGGCGAUUGGUCGACAAGUUUCCUCCUAUCGCAGCCACUAAAGAGACAACCCUGAAGAUUCUGGAAAUGGGGGCAGGUACAGGGGGUGGCACCAAGUGGUUGUUGCCUGUGCUGGCAGCGCUGCCAGUGCGAGUUGAAUAUACCUUUAGCGACAUAUCUCCGGCAUUUUUGGCUCAGGCACGUCGCAAGUUCCGUGAUUACCCGUUUGUCCGGUACUGUGUGCAUGAUAUCGAGAAACGGCCAUCCGAGGACCUUCAGGGAAGACACCAUAUCGUCAUCGCAAGCAAUGCGGUACAUGCGACUUCGAAUCUGCGGGUGUCUACUGGCAAUAUGCGCCAGGCCCUGCGAUCGAACGGUGUAUUAAUGAUGCUCGAAAUGACCAGGCCAGUCUUUGCGAUAGACCUGGUUUUCGGCUUAUUCCGUGGCUGGUGGGUUUUCAAUGACGGACGAACCCAUGCGAUCACAAGUGAGCGCCGGUGGAAAGACGACCUCCAGGCAGCGGGAUACGGACAUGUCGAUUGGACAGAUGGCGACUCCGAUGAGGUCGGCAUCCAGCGUGUGAUUUUGGCCACUGCGGGAGCACCCUUGCUCGGCGAUAUCUAG